GCGGUUUCAUGAAAUUUGUGAGUUGAUUUCCUAAAUCCUGAUCGAUCAGUUAAGCUGCUCCAUCCUCAGUGAUUACUACUCGUGGAAGAAAUUAAUCAUCCGAAAUAAUGCCCAGUAAUAGUUGGAGAAGAACCCUAGGAGAUGCGAGGUCCUUCGUGGGCAAUUCCAUGGGAGGCCUCAGAGGAGGUACCAAUUUGGCUUCGUGGGUGGUUGCUGGAACCCUAGCUUACUUUCUCUGGAUUAAGCCUUCUCAAGAUCUUAAGCGACAACAACAGGAAAGAGCAGCAAUUGCAGCUGCUUCGGAUCCUUAUCGAUACGUUGAGAAGCGAAAACCUAUACCCGAUCCACAGGAAACUGGAUUGAUAUAUGGUAACAAGAAUAAACCUAGCAAACCUCCCCAAUAAUACCUCACUUCACAUCCUCUUCUUUGUAAGUUAAAUAUAUUGAAUAUCUUAUCAGUAUAUAUUCAUGUUACAAUGUAAUUGUAGUCUUGUGAUUCUAUCUUUUACAAGUCACAAUAAAACAUAAAUUCUUUUUUUUUCUUCAUAUAACUUAUUUUCUUUUGUUACUUA